UCACUUUAAAUCCUUGGGUUGCUUUUCUUCUUUGCACAGAAGUCGCGCUCGGGCAGCCCGCGCGCUCGUAGCAGGAACCAGGCUCCAGGCGCUGGCGCCGGGGCCGCGAGGAGGAGGCGACUUCGCUCCCUGCGGCGGGCGCCCCGAGCCUCUCGGCCCCGGAGAGCGGGCGGCGGCAGCGGCCUCCCCGGCGCGGCCGUCCUGACCGCUCCGCAACGCGCAGAGGCACCUGGCAGCCUUCGGGAGCAGAGACUGUGCGAUUGAUGAGUUUGCCUUGGGCGUCGGUGACCAGGUGAAGCGGGCCAGCAUGGGUCAGAAGGUCACCGGAGGGAUCAAGACUGUGGACAUGAGGGACCCCACGUACCGGCCCUUGAAGCAGGCUCUGCAGGGCCUGGACUACUGCAAGCCCACCCGCCUGGACCUGCUGCUGGACAUGCCGCCUGUGUCCUACGAGGUCCAGCUGCUCCACUCGUGGAACAACAAUGACCGCUCGCUCAACGUCUUCGUGAAGGAGGACGACAAGCUGAUCUUCCACCGGCAUCCGGUGGCCCAGAGCACGGACGCCAUCCGGGGCAAGGUCGGGUACACGCGGGGGCUGCACGUGUGGCAGAUCACGUGGGCCAUGAGGCAGCGGGGCACGCACGCCGUGGUGGGGGUGGCGACGGCCGACGCCCCCCUGCACUCCGUCGGGUACACGACGCUCGUGGGCAACAACCAUGAGUCCUGGGGCUGGGACUUGGGGCGCAACCGGCUCUACCACGACGGCAAGAACCAACCGAGCAAAACGUACCCGGCCUUUCUGGAGCCGGACGAGACGUUCAUUGUCCCCGACUCCUUCCUCGUGGCCCUGGACAUGGACGACGGGACGCUGAGCUUCAUUGUGGACGGGCAGUACAUGGGAGUGGCUUUCCGGGGACUCAAGGGCAAAAAACUGUAUCCUGUUGUGAGCGCCGUCUGGGGCCACUGUGAGAUCCGCAUGCGCUACUUGAACGGACUUGACCCGGAGCCCGUGCCGCUCAUGGAUCUCUGCCGCCGCGCCGUGCGCCUGGCCCUGGGGAAGGAGCGGCUGGGGGACAUCCCCGCGCUGCCGCUGCCCGCCUCCCUCAAGGCCUACCUCCUCUACCAGUGACCCUCCGCCCAGGAUCGCACGCCGCACGACAGCCACCUGGCGCCGACGCACCCCGCGCCUUGGACGGGUGUCCGUCCGCUGCCGUGUGAGGAAGGCCCUGCUCCUCCUCUUCGUCAUCCUUCGGGACACAGACACGGACAGCUCUGGACACAGGCGCCUCCGCCCCCCUGCCCUACCUUGGCGGAAGGUCCCUGCGUGCCGCGCCACCGCCCCUCCGUGGGGAAAGACACAGUGGACUCCGAGGAAGCCUGGUGCUGAGUGCCCAUCUGCUCCCAGGAGGGGGCGCACGGGCAGCCGGUACCUGCCGGGUCCCAGGGCGGGCCGGCACGGUGCACAGACCCCAGGGGUGCUAAGAGGUGCUUCGACGAGGGGUCGUGUCCCGGCAG